UUUUCCACCCGGCGCGCGGCCGGCUGUGCCACCGCGCCACUUGGACCGGACGGAGGCUCUCGGCCCCGCGCGGCUCGUUGCCAUAAACCAGCCGUCGCGCCCCACCUCACCUCUCCUCUCGCCCAGUCAAAGCCAGAGAGCACCAGCCUCAGCCUGGCUGGCGGGCUGUCUCCUCUGCCGCUGCCGCCUUCCCCUCCGCCUCUAAAUCCUCCGCCCCGCCCCGCCUGACCAUCGACUCGACCGGCGCCGAAUCCGGGACGGCGCGGGGUGAUGGGUGUGUCGCCGGUGUCGCCGGGGGGCAGCGGCGGCUACGAGUGCUCCUUCAAGAUCCUCCUCAUCGGGGACUCGGGCGUCGGCAAGAGCAGCCUCCUCGUCAGCUUCGUCGCCGCAGCCAACCUCGACGACGACAUCGCGCCCACCAUCGGAGUUGAUUUCAAAAUCAAGUUUCUUACUGUUGGUGGAAAGAAACUGAAGCUGACUAUAUGGGAUACUGCUGGCCAGGAGAGGUUUAGGACAAUCACUAGUUCUUACUAUAGAGGUGCUCAAGGAAUUAUUCUAGUAUAUGACGUCGCGAAGAGAGAGAGCUUCACAAAUUUGGGUGAUGUAUGGACUAAGGAGAUAGACUCAAACUCAUCAAACAAAGACUGCAUAAAAAUGCUUGUUGGAAACAAAGUUGAUAAGGAUGAUGAGAGAACAGUCACAAGAGAAGAAGGUCUUGCCUUCGCACAAGAAUCUGGAUGUCUGUUUCUUGAGAGCAGUGCAAAAACACGAGAAAACGUCGAGAAUUGUUUUGAAGAACUUGUGCUAAAGAUCCUUGAGGUUCCAAGUCUCCUGGAGGAAGGCUCGUCAUCGGUUGUCAAGAGGAACAUUCUGAAAAAGCAACAGGAAAGUCAUGCAAAGUAUGGUGGUAGAUGCUGUCAAUAGAUCUGUGACGUAUGAUUGAGCUCGCUAUCUAUGGUCAUCGUAUCGCAGGCAAGUUCGUGAUACCCAAACUGUAGGUUCUCGUUGUACAUGAGUUGUGUCUAAACAACCUGUGAGUAGAAAAGGUGGGGAAAUUGGGGAAAGUAAGUACAGUACUCCCUCCGUCCCAUAAUAUAAUAGCGUUUUCGACACUACACUAGUGUCGAAAACGCUUUUAUAUUAUGGGACCUAGUGUCGGAAACGCUAUUAUAUUAUGGGACGGAGGGGUUAGUUUGUAAGGUUAUGGAGAGUGGUUAAAAUUGGUUUGUACAAAGGGAACACAAUGUCUAUUCUUCAUGUCUAAUAAGGCAUAAUUUGCGCAAA